GGAAGAGAGGAGGAGGGGCCGGGCAGUGACGCUCAGAUUAACCUGCUGCCUCCUCGGCUUCACACCGACGGACAGGCGGAGGAACCAAACCCUGGCACGGUUAGCGAUGAAGUGGUUGCAGUUUUCGCUCCUCGUUGUAGGGCUUUCCUCGCUGUUGUGCGCCUCGUCUGGCGACAACAGUGGAGUGAAGAAAAUGAAGAUGCAGUUUGCAAAUGGACCUCUUCUCAAGUUUCAAAUUUGCAUUUCCUGAGGGUACAAGCGGGUGUUUGAGGAGUACAUGCAGGCCUUGUACCAGCGGUACCCAGACAUCCGUAUUGAAGGGGAGAAUUAUCUUCCUAUCCCCCUCUACAAACAUUUUGCUUCCUUCCUGUCUGUGUUCAAACUGCUGGUGAUUGGGCUGAUCAUUAUCGGCAGGGACCCAUUCGCCCUCAUCGGUAUGCAGGCACCUGGCAUCUGGGAGUGGGGCCAGGGAAACAAGAUAUAUGCAUGCAUGAUGGUGUUCUUCUUCAGCAAUAUGAUUGAAAACCAGUUAAUGUCUACAGGAGCUUUUGAAAUCACAUUAAAUGAUGUACCAGUGUGGUCCAAACUAGAGUCCGGUCACCUGCCCUCCAUGCAGCAGCUUGUGCAAAUCCUGGACAACGAGAUGAAGAUGAACGUUCACAUGAACACAGGAACACACCUCCACUCCUAACCCUACUCGUCUAAUCCUGGCUAGAGCUAAAAGCCCCUCCAUGUUUGAGGUGGGAUCCUCUCUGGGCUGUGAAGUGAUGUUUAUGAAGGUCUGCGCUGAAGGCAGGAAAACUGCUAGCACAGACUGGAUGCCCCCAUCAACCUUCACCAUGCCCAUUGGAGAUAUCCCGCCCCUGACGCCAGAGUGGGAUCCAUGGCAACAGUGCCGGCCAAUUUUGUUUUGUUUUUGUCAUCUUCUUGAUCUAUUCAAACUACUGCAGAUUUCAUCCAGGUGACCUCAGUGGUCCCAUAAGGAGAGAUUUAACAUUGAUUAUUAUAGUCUUUAACCUAUUGCAUACAACUGAUCCAUGUGAUUUAAAACGUGUUCUUUGUACCACUGAGCCACAUGUAGAGUUUUUAAGUUACUUGUUCUAAACCUAGCUUAACCAUGUAGAACAUGCAACACUGUCAUCAUUGUUGUGGAAAUAACAUUGGGAAAUUGUUGUCUUGGUAUGAUUUCUGAAUAAUUUUUAUAUUUGCAUAACUUGAAGGAAGCUGAAAGAAAAUUAAACAUAUUGUAACUAUUUAACUGU